AUGACAUCGCCUAGAAGAACAAGCUCGAACAAGCACACCUCUGUGAACUCGAUCAGGUAUCCGCUUUCUAACAUCAGCCUGGGUUCCGUGUUGCCGUUCUCUGAAGACGUAUCAGCUAAAGCUUGUGAAACGCGCGUCGAUAUUGGGCAAGACCCCGACACCGAGAGCCGAGCCUCCAGAAAACGCCUUAACACGGGAGGUUUUACGUCCGGGGGUUCCGACUCUGAGAUGACAGACAUAGCUAUCGAUACUAACGCCGUUGUGGAUAAAACAGGGUCUAGUCCUCCUAGCAAAAAACGCAUGGUGGAUAAUUUACCGGCCGGGGCUCCGACAGUGACAUCCCCAUCAGCUUCGUCGUCGAGCAGCUCGGAUUCUGCAAAGAUGGCCACACCAUCCAACUUCGUGAUAAGCACGUCCUCCAACUACACUGACGAGUUGCAGCAACUUCCGCUUCCAUCACCCAGCGCGUCACCAAUACAGUCCGGAAACCUUGUUGAUCCCCAAAAUUUUGAGGGAGUGGAGUAUACUGAUGACCACGGCUCCAGAGUGAUUCAGACAAGAGAGGAGAGAGCAGAGAUUUUCAAGUCCGUCAAUGAAUUGAUUAGUCUGCUUCCAGUCGGAUCCUCAGAAGUGAAUUAUCUGCUCUGGUCAUUACUACAGAAAACCGAUAGAUCCACUCUUUCAUCAUUACAAGAGACCAUAAGGAACUCGCUGAGAAAAGACUUGGUUUCGCUUCUACCAUCAGAGAUCAGUAUGAAGAUAUUCGGGUAUCUUGACUACGAGUCUUUAUUGCGGACUUCUGAAAUUUGCAGAAGCUGGCUUAAGCUUUCCAUGGAGAGCUACGAUUUCUGGAAAGACCUUCUCUUCAAGGACGGGUUUAUUGCCACAACAGAUGAAUUUGAGUCAGAAUAUGACUGGGUUAAGUCGCUAAAUCCAGACAUGAACUCCUGUCAGAUUACGAAAUGGAUAUACAGACGAAGACUGGCAAUUUCCAAAAGAUGGAAAAAUCCAGAUUUCCAACCUCGCCGUAUCACGUUGCCUGGGCAGGGCCCAGACGUGAUCACAUGUUUGCAAUUUGACGACGAUAAAAUCGUCGCGGGUGAUGCUGAUCAUAGCAUCACCAUUUAUGAUAUCAAUACCGGAAAACUCAGAUCUGUCCUUUCAGGCCAUACAGGAGGUGUUUGGGCAAUGAAAUACCUGGGAAACAUAUUGGCCUCCGGAGCAACAGACAGAACAGUUCGCAUCUGGAAUAUGAAACAGGGAAAAUGCACGCAUGUUUUUCGUGGCCAUACCUCGACUGUCAGAUGCCUGGAGAUUUUGGAGCCUAAACAAAUAGGUGUCGACGACGAAGGUAAUGCUAUAAUGUUCCCUAAGGUGCCGUUGGUAGUUACUGGUUCCAGAGACUCGACUCUUUACGUCUGGAGGUUGCCUAUAACGGGAGAAGACGAAGACCUUCCGGACGAACCAAUUGAGCUUGACGAAACGUCUAACAAGUACUUGGUGAAAGUGCUGCGUGGCCACACGGGCUCCAUCCGUGCCGUUUCAGGAUCGGCCAAUAUCCUUGUGAGUGGCAGUUACGAUGCUAACGCUCGCGUGUGGGAUUUGAGAACGGGAGAAUGUAAAUGGCUCCUAUCCGGCCACACUGAAAGAAUAUACAGCUGUGUCUUGGACGUGAAGAAAAAUAGGUGCAUUUCAGGUUCCGCUGACAACACAGUAAGGAUAUGGGACCUCAAUACGGGUGAGACGGUGGCAAUCUUGGAAGGCCACCAGAAUCUGGUUGGUCUUGUCACUCUGUCUGAAAAUGCUUUGGUAUCCGCAGCUGCCGACUCUACGGUGAGAAUCUGGGAUCCAAAUACUGGUGAUAUGAAGCAUGUUUUGAGGGGACACACUUCGGCAAUCACUUGUAUUCAGCACAACGACAACAUCAUCAUAUCAGGAUCGAAUGGAAUGCUGAAGAUGUGGGACACGCAGACCGGAAAGUUUAUCAGAGAUUUGCUUGACGAUGUGGAUGGUAAUGUCUGGCAAGUGAAAUCGGAUUAUAGACGAUGCAUUGCUGCUGUUCAGAAAGAUGGGGGUACAUACAUUGAGAUCCUCGACUUUGGUCACUCCAAUGCUGAUAAUCUCAGAUUUUACCAGAACGCAGAUCAGAUUAUGUAA